AUGUACACUGACCCGGUCAAGACCUUCGCGUACGGCACCGACGCGUCGUUCUACCGCCUCCUGCCCCAGGUGGUGGUAAAGAUUCACGACGAGGAUGAGGUGAAGCGCAUCCUGCCGGUCGCCUCGAAGCACCAAACCCCCGUCACGUUCAGGGCCGCGGGGACCUCGCUCUCGGGCCAGGCGGUGACCGAUUCCAUCCUGCUCAAGCUGUCGCACACGGGCAAGAACUUCCGCAACUACGAGAUCAGGAACGAGGGAAAAGAGAUCACGGUCGAACCCGGUUUGAUCCUCGGCGAGGUGAACCGCCUGCUGGCCAAGUACAAGCAGAAGAACGGCAUCAAGGAGCAGUAUAAGAUGGGCCCCGACCCGUCCUCCAUCGAUUCGUGCAUGAUCGGCGGCGUCGUCGCCAACAACUCGUCCGGAAUGUGCUGCGGCGUGAAGCAGAACACGUACCACACCCUUAAGGACAUGAGGAUCGUGUUUGUCGACGGCACCGUGCUCGAUACCGGCGACAAGGCGAGCCGCGAGGCGUUCCUCAAGUCGCACAAGAGCCUCGUCGACGGCGUCGUCGCGCUCGCCAGCCGCGUGCAGGCUGACGAGGAGCUCACCGCGCUCAUCAAGAAGAAGCACGCCAUCAAGUGCACCACCGGGUACUCCAUGAACGCGCUCGUAGACUUCCCCACCUCCGAUCCCAUCGAGAUCAUCAAGAGGCUGAUGAUCGGAUCAGAGGGCACCCUGGGCUUCGUCUCCCAGGCCACCUACAACACCGUGAUCGACCAUCCCCACAAGGCGUCCGCUUUCAUCGUCUUCAAGGAUGUCAAGGAGGCGUGCCGCGCCGCCGCGGUGCUCAGGAGGGAGACCAAGGUCGACGCGGUCGAGCUCUUCGAUCGCGCGUCCCUCACCCAGUGCGAGGGUCACGAGCAGAUCAUCGGCCUCGUGCCCACCAUCGCCGACGCUCCCAGGACCGGCGCGGCGCUCCUUAUCGAGUGCCGCGGCGCCACUGACGCGGAGCUCAACGCCAGCAUCAAGGAGGUGUGCGACGCCAUGGACAACGCGGAUAUGCAGUACCUCAACGAUCGCGAGUCCACCUACCCGUUCAACAAGGACGAGGCGGUGUACAAGGUGUACUGGGACGUGCGCAAGGGUCUCAUCCCCCUCGUCGGCUCCUCGAGGUCCGCGGGAACCUCCGUGCUCAUCGAGGACGUCGCCUGCGAGGUUGACAAGCUCGGCGACAUGACCCAGGACCUCAUCGACAUGUUCGAGAGGUUCGGCUACGAGGACGCGUCCUGCAUGGGCCACGCGCUCGAGGGUAACCUUCACCUCGUGUUCUCCCAGGGUUUCAGGAACGACGAGGAGGUUAAGAAGUACUCCGCGAUGAUGCAGGAGAUGUGCGAGAUUGUCGCGGUGAAGUACAGCGGAUCGCUCAAGGCUGAGCACGGCACUGGACGCAACGUGGCGCCUUUCGUCGAGAUGGAGUGGGGCAAGAAGGCUUACGACCUGAUGUGGGAGCUCAAGGAGCUCUUCGACCCCAACUACGUGCUCAACCCGGGCGUCAUCCUCAACCGUGACCCGGAUACGCACCAGAAGUUCCUCAAGCCCAAGCCCGUGGCGGAUCCCAUCGUGGACAUGUGCAUGGAGUGCGGCUUCUGCGAGAGCAACUGCCCCAGCCGCGACCUGAGCCUCACCCCGAGGCAGCGCAUCACUGUCUACCGCGAGAUCUCCCGUCUGCAGGCCAUCCCCAGCCGCACGCAGGCUGAGCAGAAGAGGCUUGAUGAGUUCCUCGACAACUUCACGUACGAGGGUAACAGCACCUGCGCGGCUGACGGCAUGUGCCAGGUGAAGUGCCCCGUCGGGAUCAACACCGGCGAGCUCAUCAAGUCUAUCCGCGAGCGCGAGCUCAAGAACCAGGGGACCGCAAACUCUGGCGCCAACUUCCUCGCCAAGAACUUUGGCGCCGUCAGCGGCGUGGUUCCCUCGUUCCUGAACAUGGUGAGCACCUUCCACGGUGUCCUCGGCAGCGGCGUGCUCAAGUCGGUGUCGUCCGCGCUCAACUCGGCGACCGGCAACCUUGUUCCAGUCUGGAACCCCCACAUGCCCACCGGCGCGCCCAAGCUCCCGGAGCCCCACAAGCCCGCCAAAGCCGUGACCACCGAGGCUGGUCUGCCCCGCAAGGUUGUCUACCUCCCCUCGUGCGUGACGCGCAUGAUGGGUCCGGUGAAAGGCGAGGAAUCCAUCGGAGGCGUCCCCGACGCUAUGAUGAGCAUCCUCAAGAAGGCAAACUACGAGGUGGUGUACCCCGAGGGUCUCAAGUCGCAGUGCUGUGGCAUGAUCUUCAACAGCCGUGGCUUCAAGUCCACGGCCUCGUCGAAGGGUAGCGAGCUGGAGGAGGCGCUGAUGAAGGCUUCGGAGGGUGGUAAGCUGCCCAUCGUGGUGGACACCUCCCCCUGCCUCGCGCAGAUCAAGGAGCAGCUCUCCAACCCGGCGCUCAGGUUUGCGCUGUACGAGCCCACUGAGUUCAUCAGCAACCACCUGGUGGACAAGCUCGAGUGGAAGCAGGUGAGGGACCACGUGGCGAUCCACGUCCCGUGCUCGUCCAAGAAGCUCGGCGUCGAGAACACGUUCGCCAAGAUCGCGGGGAUGUGCGCAAAGGAGGUGUCCCCGUCCGGUAUCCCGUGCUGCGGCAUGGCGGGCGAUCGUGGCAUGCGCUUCCCUGAGCUCACGGGCAGCUCGCUGUCCUACCUCGACCUGCCUAAGGGGUGCUCCGACGGUUACUCCACGUCCCGUACGUGCGAGAUGAGCCUGUCCAACCACUCCGACGUGAACUUCCGCGGACUUGUGUACCUGGUGGACGAGGCGACGAGCGCGAAGGCCGCCAACUAGUGGGUGAGCGCUUCGUGUUGAACAAGUACUAUUAGGCAGACGCAAUUUUUUCUCAAUCAAACGGAUCGAUUAAAGAC